AGAGACACUUACGCACUCACAAAGAGAAAGUUUGUGGAGAAAAACACAAGUUUGAGGAGAGGAAGGAAAUCAGUCAGCACUGGGUUUGUUUGUGGACUGCAUGUGACAUGGGAGAAACCUCAUAAAUUUUGCACAGGAGUCUGAACUUGACUGGACUUCAUUUUUGUCGAUUAAAAAAAAACAGCCUGUACCAAAACAAAGGGAAGAAGGAGAAGGAGCAGAAGAAGAAGACGAAAUGAAGGACUUGGCGCAGUCAGUAGAACUGGGGGUCUCUCAGCGGAGGGGAGUUUAUGUAACUCGACCCAAAGUUUGGGUAAAGAAUGAACUUGUUCGUGUGGGACUUGCUGAAACUCUUUGCACAUAUGUCAUGAUGACGUUUGGUCUGGGGUCUGUGGCUCAGGUAGUGACCGGACAGGGAGCGUUCGGACAGUACUUCAGCAUCAAUGUGGGCUUUGGACUCGGUGUUGCUAUGGGUUUUCAUGUUGGAGGGAAGGUCUCAGGAGCUCAUAUGAAUGGAGCAGUGUCAUUCACAAUGUGUGUGUUUGGCCGCCUUGCAUGGAAAAUGUUGCCCCUGUACAUUUUUGCACAACUAUUGGGGUCAUUUCUGGCAGCAGGAACAAUUUAUGGGAUCUACUAUGAGGCCAUUCAUGAUUACUGUGACGGAAACCUUACUGUAACUGGUGCAAAGGCCACAGCUGGUAUCUUUGCCACCUAUCCUGCACCAUACCUCUCCUUGAUGGCUGGAUUUGCUGACCAGGUGUUUGGCACAGCGAUGCUGCUGCUGUGCCUCAUGGCUCUAUCUGACCAGAAGAACAAACCGGCCGCAGCGGGCAGUGAGCCUGCUGCAGUCGGUCUCCUGGUGGUGCUCAUUGGCAUUUCUCUGGGCAGCAACAGUGGCUACGCUAUCAACCCCACCAGAGACAUUGCACCCAGGAUCUUUACUGCCAUAGCAGGCUGGGGAACUGAUGUGUUCAGAGCUGGAAAUGGGUGGUGGUGGGUGCCUCUGGUUGCUACCCCCAUUGGAGGAGUACUGGGAGCAGGAAUAUACAAAGUCUUCGUGGAACUGCACCACCCACCCCACUCUGAACAGGCUGAGGGGUCAGCAGAGGAGUCUAUCCCUCUGGAGAAAAACCAAAACAUCAGUGUUAAUGUAUGUGUAUGACAUCCCCAACUAUGCAAACAACUAAGUGAAUGUGUAGCCGUGCGGACAUUUGUACGCAGUUAAAACAUUCCACGUCGACAAAGGGUUAAAAAGAUCAAAACUAUUUGCUUGUAGAUGGGGAGUGAAGCACGCCUACAAAAAGGGAGACUGACUGAAAUAAGGGUUUGUUUUCAAAUUUGCACACACAUUAAUGUCAUCAGAUUUAGUUACUCUACUAGAAGCAGUGCAAUUGUCAGAUUUUUAAUAUACAUAAAUUAUAUUAGACAUUU